UCUGCCGGGCUCCGUCGACUGGCGGCAGCGAAGGACUCUCACUAGUCUAGCCGAAGAUGGUCGCGGUGCAUACCUCCGGCCAGCCGGCUGCAUCCACCGAAUGGAUCGUCUGCCUGGACAAGAGGCCUGCAGAGCGCUCCGGGGAGGAUGUAGAUAUCAUUCUUGCACGACUCAAAGGAGUGAAGGCCUUCGAGAGGUUCCACCCCAACCUGCUGCAGCAGAUAUGCCUGUGUGGCUUCUAUGAGUACCUGGAGAAAGGCAUCACCUUGUAUCGUCAGGGUGACAUUGGUACCAGCUGGUAUGCUGUGUUGUCAGGCUCACUGGACGUGAAGGUGUCAGAGACGGCCAACCAUCAGGAUGCGGUGACUAUCUGCACAAUGGGGAUGGGCACGGCGUUUGGAGAGUCCAUCCUGGACAACACACCCCGCCACGCCACCAUCGUCAGUCGGGAGAACAGCGAACUGCUGCGCAUCGAGCAGAGAGAGUUCAAGACACUCUGGGAGAAAUAUCGCCACUGCAUGGCAGCCCUGCUGGCUCCCCCGUAUGGUGUAAUGGACAGUGGAGCCAACACUGACAGAAUGCCAGAUAAAGACAACCUGAACAACGACCCUCUGAACUUCCUUACUAAGAACCUGAAUAAGGUGCCCUCGGAGAAGAUGCUGCGGGCGGGUAAGGUGUCUCGGAACGCAAUCCUGGCCAGGGCCCCUAACAUGAUCAGAGACAGGAAGUACCACCUCAAGACCUACAGGCAGUGUUGUGUGGGAACAGAGCUGGUGGACUGGAUGCUGCAACAGAGUGCGUGUGUGCACAGCCGAGCGCAUGCUGUGGGCAUGUGGCAGUCACUGCUGGAGGAGGGUGUACUCAACCAUGUGGACCAGGAGCUUAGCUUCCAAGACAAGUACCUGUUCUACCGUUUCCUUGACGAUGAGGACGAGGAUGCAGUGUUGCCGAGCGAUGAAGAAAAGCGUGAGGCCGAGGAAGAGCUGCAGGAGACCCUCCUCUUCCUCUCCCAGAUCGGGCCUGAUGCACACCUGCGCAUGAUUCUUCACAAGCCGCCUGGACAGAGGACAGGGGAGGACCUGGAGAUCAUUUAUGACGAGCUGCUUCAUAUCAAAGCCCUGUCUCACCUCUCCAACACCGUGAAGAGAGAGCUAGCAGGCGUCAUCAUCUUCGAGUCCCAUGCCAAAGCUGGCACAGUAUUGUUCAACCAGGGAGAGGAGGGCACAUCCUGGUACAUCAUUCAGAAGGGCUCGGUCAACGUGGUCAUCUAUGGCAAGGGUGUUGUGUGUACGCUGCAUGAAGGCGAUGACUUUGGGAAACUGGCGUUGGUGAAUGACGCUCCCAGAGCCGCCUCCAUCGUGCUCCGAGAGGACAACUGUCACUUCCUCCGUGUGGACAAGGAGGACUUCAACCGCAUCCUUAGAGAUGUAGAGGCUAACACAGUGCGUCUAAAGGAGCAUGAUGUGGAUGUUCUGGUCCUGCAGAAGAGUCUUCGGUCCUCUGGGCAUGCAAAUGUACCCGCCCACUUCAAGUACACAGUGAUGUCAGGAACAGCUGAGAAGAUUCUAGAACAUCUACUGGAGACCAUGCGACUUGAUGUGCACUACACAGACCCAGACCCAGCCCUGGAUGACUUUGUGCUCAUGCAUGGCAUCUUCAUGCCUAUCAGCCAGCUAUGCCCAGCUCUUAUCGCCCACUAUCAUGCCCAGUCGUCGCAGGGCUCGGAGCAGGAGCGGCUGGACUAUGCGGUGGGCAGUAAGAGGAGGGUGCUCAGUCUGGCACUGCGCUGGACAAACAUGCUCGCUCACAACCUACUGGAGGAGGACACCGCUCUCAGCUUCCUCGAGGAGCUGUUUGGGUUCGUAGCAAAUGAUGCUCGGGUUCUCCGGCCCCUGAAAGACCUACACACUGACCUGGAGAAGAUCGUCAAAAGCUAUACGGAUGAUGCAAGGUCUGCCCAGAAGAAGCAUAAAGUCCUUCUACGCCAGUUCAGCUCUGGAGAAGAGAGGUUGUCAAAACGUCAGCCAAUCAGAUGCUUCGAUGACAUCCUGUUAAAGGUGUACUGCAGAGACCACACCUACACCACCAUCCGUGUGCCUGUGCUGGCGUCGGGGCGGGAGGUGACAGUGGCUGUAGCCGACAAGCUCGGAUCCACAGAAGACCUGAUCCUCAUCAGCCUCAGCUCAGCAGGAGAGAAGCAGAUUCUGAAGCCCAGUGAGGUGUCAGUGUUCCAAGCCCUGGGCGUCAACGGCCGUCUGUUCGUCUGUCCACGAGACCAGCUGGACGCUCUGGCUCCUCUGCCAGAGCAGGAGGGACCGUCUUCUGGCUCCAUGUCCAGCUUUGAGCUGAUGAGCUCUAAGGACCUGGCCUUCCAGAUGACCCUCUAUGACUGGGAGCUCUUCAGCUGCGUGCAUGAGCAUGAGUUUGUGUACCACACAUUUGGGCGUCAGGCCUACCGGAGGAGCACGGCCAACCUGGACCUCUUCCUGCGGCGCUUCAACCAGCUGCAGUUCUGGGUGGUCACCGAGGUGUGUCUGUGCGGCCAGCUCAGCAAACGCGUUCAGCUGCUCAAGAAGUUUAUCAAGAUUGCUGCUCACUGCAGGGAGUUCCGGAACCUCAACUCCUUCUUUGCCAUCAUCAUGGGCAUGAGCAACCCAGCUGUGAGCCGCCUCACUCAGACCUGGGAGAAACUACCCAGCAAGUUCAAGAAGUUCUAUGCUGAGUUUGAGAGUUUAUUGGAUCCUUCUAGGAACCACCGGUCAUACCGCCUUACUGUGGCUAAAAUGGAGCCGCCAAUCAUUCCCUUUACACCCCUCCUCCUCAAAGACAUGACCUUUACACACGAGGGAAACAAGACAUUUAUUGACAAUAUGGUGAACUUCGAGAAGAUGAGGCUCAUUGCAAAUACCAUUAGAACUGUGCGACACUGCAGAAGUCAACCAUUCAAUCCUGAGGCUUCACCAGCCAGUAAAAACCCACAGGAAGUGCGGAACUACGUGCGGCAGAUCACCGUGAUUGACAACCAGAGGACCCUAUCACAGCUCUCGCUGAGGCUGGAGCCCCGCAAGGCCUAAAAUACAGACACACACACACACACACACACACACACACAUAUAUACAAUGAUACUCAGACACACUUGCACACACAUACAAACACAUUCAAUUACCACACAUACAUAUAAGGGUUCAAAAUACAGUAUGCAAAUACACAUACUUACGCAGUAUUGAUCUUGAAGUAUUGAACACCUACUGUUACACCUAUAACUGUUUACUGCCAAAAGUGUGUGUGUGUGUGUGUGUGUGUGUGUGUGUGUGUGUGUGUGUGUGUGUGUGUGUGUGUGUGAGAAAUAAGAAGAGAUCAAAAUUACGAGAGAAAGCAUGUAUGUGCCUGAGUCUCUCUCUUUCUUCUGUGUGUGUGUGUGUGUGUGUGUGUGUGUGUGUGUGUGUUCCACUGCCAGUACUCUCUUUAAAACUUGAAAAGUUACCCUCCUUCUUGCUGGUGUGUGUAGCUGAUUCCUAGAGCUGAUAUUCAGUUUGAACACAGUGUGUGUAUGUAAAUGUGUGUUUGUAUGUAUGUAUGUAUGUAUGUAUGUAUGUAUGUAUGUAUGUGUGUGUGUCUGUGCGUGUGCGCACAAGUUUCCGUUAAAGAACGGCAACGCGAAUACAGAAAACACUCUGUUGAGAUGUCAUAUGCAUACACACACAGCUCUCACACACACCCCUCACACACAAUGCUCACACACAUCUCAGUCCUUUGUCUUCUGGGAUUGGUUGCUUAGUUCUGUGCUUGUUUGCCUGUUGACAUAAAGAAGGGCAGCAGAUAUGCCCCAACCCCGCCCCAGUUCCCCUGUGAGCCAAUGGCAGUGGGUCCCCAGAAGGAAACCCCCUCCCCAGUUCCCCUGUGAGCCAAUGGCAGUGGGUCCUCAGAAGAAAGCCACGCCCCAGUUACCC